AUGGCCUCCUCAUUGAUGCCACUUGUGGUGCUCUGUGGUGACCGUGCACCGGAUGCGCUAAUACAGACUGCUGCGAUUCUGCAGGCUAACGGCCUUCGCGUGGCUUCGCUGUGUUCGCCCAUCGUGGAGACCGCACUUGUGGCCGCCAAGGUGCCGUUUGUGGCUGUCGCUACACCUGCUGACGUACAGCUAAUGCUCUCAGACCGUGUGGUAGCCGUAUUAGCUCUUCCUCCGAGUGUUGCAGACGUGGGUGGCGUUGGUCAUGCACGCGUGGCUCAGUGGGUUUCAGGUGCUUAUUCGUUCGUGCGUGUCGCCGCCUGGAAUCACAAACAGAUCAGCGUCAUUGUGGAUGAAUUGGACCUGAUUACAGUGCAAAACAAACUAUCACGUUAUGGUUCAUUAGCCUAUUCACUGCGUGAACGUCGUGCUCUGGCUGAAAAAGCGUUUACACUGUUCUCCGAGCUGGACAAAGCAAUUGCUGCCAGUCUCAGCAGUGACGAUGAGGUUGUACAUGACGUGCUGCUGGUCGGCAACGGAGGCCGUGAACAUGCCAUUGCAUGGAAGCUGGCUCAGUCUUUGUCUACCGGUCACAUCUACGUAGCACCUGGCAACGCCGGAACGGAGGACGUAGCUGCUGGCAUUUCUAAUGUCAACAUUGGCAUAAACCAGCACGACGAGCUUAUUGCUUUUGCAAAGAGCAAAGGUGUGACUUUUUGUGUCGUAGGGCCCGAGGCUCCGCUGAUUGAUGGACUUGCGGACAAGAUGAACGCUGCCGGUAUCCCGUCUUUUGGUCCCAGCAAGGCGGCUGCCCAGCUGGAAGCAUCCAAGGCAUUUUCAAAGGAUUUCAUGCGUCGUAACAAUAUCCCUACCGCUGCAUACCAAAACUUUACAGACUACGAAAAGGCUAAAAGCUACCUUGACUCGAUCGAUCACAGCAUUGUUGUCAAGGCAUCGGGCAUUGCUGCUGGCAAGGGUGUGCUAAUCCCGACCUCGAAAGCUGAGGCCCAUGAAGCUUUGCGUGCAGUCAUGCUUGAGAAGGCUUUUGGAUCAGCUGGUGAUGAGGUUGUUUUGGAGGAAUUUAUGACUGGCGAGGAGGUGUCAAUCCUGGCAUUCUGUGAUGGCGAGCGUGUGGUGUGCAUGCCUGGUGUGCAGGACCACAAGCGCAUCUUGGAUGGUGAUCAAGGCCCGAACACUGGCGGUAUGGGCGCCUAUGGCCCUGCCCCGUGCCUCACCAGCGAUCUUGAGCGUGAGUGCGUUGACAUUGUUGAGCGUGUGAUCGCUGCUAUGAAGAAGGAGGGCAUGCCGUACGUUGGCGUUCUAUACCCUGGCUUUAUGCUCACUCCAACGGGCCCCAAGAUCGUCGAGUUUAACUGUCGCUUUGGUGAUCCGGAGACCCAAGUCGUACUUCCGCUACUGCACAGUGACUUGUUCGAGAUCAUGCGUGCUUGCGUCGAUCAUCGCCUUGAACGCUCGCUUGUGUCGUGGAAAAGCGGUGCUGCGGCUACCGUCGUGAUGGCGUCACAGGGCUAUCCGAGCAGCUACCCCAAGGGCAAAGUUAUUACGGGUUUGGUUGAUGCUCAGUCACUUAAGGACGUAGAAGUGUUCCAUGCUGGCACGACGAAAGCUGCGGACGGCAGCAUUACGACUUCAGGUGGACGUGUUCUUGCUGUCACUGCUGUUGGCCGCUCGCUGCAGAGUGCCCUCGACCUUGCGUAUACAGGUGUUUCGAAGAUCGACUUUGAGGGCGCUCAGCAUCGUUCAGACAUUGGUUUGAAGGGUCUGCUGCAUGGUGCCAAGAAGUUAAAGCUGGCCGUGCUGGGCUCCACUCGUGGCAGCAGUAUGCAGCCGAUUAUUGAUGCAAUUGCCGCUGGUGAUCUCAACGCUAGCAUUGAUAUCGUAGUUAGUGACAAGGCCGGUGCUGGAAUCUUGGAACGCGCAAAAACUCAUGGAAUAGAGUCUUUGUUCUUGUCGGCUAAGGGCCUAUCGCGCACUGAGUUCGAUGCACAGGUGUCUGAGGCUUUAAAGAAGAAGAAUGUGGAUCUUGUGCUGCUCGUUGGAUACAUGCGUAUAUUGUCGGUCGAGUUCUGUAAGGAGUGGGAAAACAAGGUGCUGAACGUGCACCCAUCACUUCUUCCGGAAUUUGCUGGAGGCAUGGACCUUGCUGUUCACAGCGCUGUGCUUGAUGCAAAAAAGACCGAGAGCGGAUGCACUGUGCACUUUGUGACAGAGCAGGUGGAUGCUGGUCCGAUUGCUGUGCAAAUGAAAUGCUCUGUUCUGGAUACUGAUACCCCCGAGUCGCUGAAGGCGCGUGUGCAAUCUCUUGAAGGUGCUGCUUUCUUGCACGCUAUUAAGUUGGCACAGACUGGACUACUGCUGAGACACAAGGCUGGGACGAAAGAAAUCACGUACGCGGAUGCUGGUGUGAGCAUUGACGCUGGUAAUGAGCUGGUCAACAGAAUUAAGCCACUCUGCAAGUCGACUGUGCGUGUGGGCUGUGAUGCUGACCUGGGAGGAUUUGGUGGUAUUUUCGACCUUCAGGCUGCGGGUUAUGAUAAGGACACGGCUCUUGUGGCGUGUACGGAUGGUGUGGGUACCAAGCUGCGAGUGGCCCAGCUUGCUAAGAAGCACGACACCGUAGGUAUUGAUCUGGUUGCCAUGUGUGUGAAUGACCUGAUUGUGCAGGGCGCCGAGCCUCUAUUCUUUCUUGACUACUAUGCUUGCGGGAAGCUCGAAGUAGACGAGGCUGCUGAUGUGGUGAAGGGUAUUGCUGAGGGCUGCCGCCAGUCGAACUGCGGUCUUAUUGGCGGUGAAACCGCUGAGAUGCCUUCCAUGUACCACGACGACGACUAUGAUAUGGCCGGCUUUUGCGUGGGUGCCGUUCGUAAAAACGCAAUCCUCCCAUUGCCGGUAGAGGCUGGCUUUGCUGUGUUAGGUCUGGCAUCUUCAGGCGUGCACUCAAACGGUUUCUCGCUCGUGCGUAAGCUUGUGGACGUGUCAGGCCUUGCAUACAGCGACCUGUGCCCGUUUGAGGCUGGUAAGACGCUGGGCGAGAGCUUGCUGACACCUACGAAGAUAUAUGUAAAGCAGUUGAUGCCUACUGUUAAGUCAGGUCUCAUCAAUGCGCUUGCUCACAUUACCGGCGGCGGUCUACUGGAGAACAUCCCGCGUGUACUUACCAAGGACCUGGCUGUCGAAAUUGACUGUACUAGCUGGCGUCUGCCUGCUGUCUUCAAGUGGUUGCAGAAAAUGGGUAACCUCUCAAACACUGAGCUUGCCCGCACCUUCAACUGCGGUAUCGGUAUGGUGCUACUCCUGCCCGAGGCUAAUGUGGCCAAAGUAACGCGUCAGGUUGAGGCGACUGGCGAGAAAGUGUAUCAUCUGGGUAUGACUGUCAUGCGCUCCCCUGAUGCUGAACAGGUUGAGCUGCGCGGCAUUAUGGCUUAG